UUGAUAGGUCUCCUCCCAGGAAAGAUGAUUCUGGACUCGCAGCAUUCUCGUGUGUUCAAUCUGCAAAUGAACUUCGAAGCUAGACAAGAGUUGCCAAAGUCCUACCGUGGGCUCAAUGACCGUGGAGCACAGGUCAUUGUCAUUGUAGCAGUUUUCUGGACGAUCGCAACGAUAUCUGUCGUACUGCGACUUCAUGCUCGUCGUAUGAAAGGAAUCGCGCUCAUGAUUGAAGAUUGGCUGGUGGUAGGAGCGUUAAUAAUAUUUUAUGGGUUUGGGAGUGGAGACAUAAUGCUGGUCAUUUUUGGGGGUUCUGGAUGGCAUGUGGAUCAAUUGAAUCCCGCACAGCUCAAGACAGCCCAAAAGGUAUCAACCAAACUCACUCUGCAUGAAUUGGAAUUGCAAGAGCAAGCUGACAUUUAUCAUCAGGUCUUGCUUGCAAAUCAAAUGCUGUACGGUGUCGGGCUCGGAUUAAUCAAAUGUAGUAUCACCAUCAUGUUAAUCAGGAUAUUUGCGGUCCCGAAAUUCAGACUCGCAGGAUACUUUGUCUUAGCAAUGUGCGUUUCAUGGACCGUAAUGACAAUCCUGAUAGCUUUCCUUAUCUGUCGUCCAUUGGGCUAUAAUUGGAAUCUUCAACCUACAGCUGGACAUUGUGGGAACACGAUAUCUGCCUAUACAGCCGUUGGCAUUGUAGACAUCAUCACGGACAUGAUGAUUCUUCUACUUCCCCAACCUAUAAUUUGGAGGCUACAAAUGCCAACAGCAAACAAAAUCGCACUUGCAGCGUUGAUGUGUUUUGGUUUGUUUACUGUCGCUAUGAGCGUUGCACGAGUGGUAACAAUUCUCAAUACCGAUUUCUCGGAUUUUACUUACAACCUUUACAAUUAUAUCUGGCCAGUGAUAGAGUUCGGUGUUGCUAUCUUUGUUUGCUGCGGUCCCCUGUUGCGUCCAAUAUUGACCCCCAUUAUUGGAGCUCUUGCCUCGAUCAGCACUCGACUGGGGUCAAAGCAGGAUUUAAGAAGACAGAGUUCGACGACCAAAAGAGGGGGCCACCGUGGAUUCAGUCACUUGGAUGAAGAUGGUUUGCCCCUUCAGCCAAUUGCGAAAGGAACGCACACCAACACUAUCAGCGCCACCAUCGGGGAACAACAGAACAAGCACUUCCGGCAACGCUAGAUCUUCUGAUAACAAGGUCAUUGUGGUAGAGACUGCUUGGGAUUGUGCAUAGUCUCCAAUAUUUCUCUAAU